AUGCCCCAAACCGAAUCCUGCCAACGCCAACGGGACUGGCUGACUUCCACCUUCUAUAUUGCCUUUCUGGCCAGCGAAGCUCCUGGCAACUACACUCUUCAGCGCAGCGGUCUCCCCCUUCUAUUCUUCGCUAUUAGCACCGUGAUUUGUAUGUGUGACUCGAACAUCAAUUUCUGGAAAUCGUCGGCAUUAGUGAUCUGGACCCUUUUCCCAUCCAACGUCGCCGGCCGCAACAAGAAAUCCAGCACCGGCACCGUCCUUUGCAUCGCCUAUUGCCGCAGCAACUGUAUCGGCGCCUAG